CUCUCUCUCUCUUCUUCUGACUCAUCUCUCCGCAUCAACACAGCGAAUCGGGGGAGAUGUUCCGUUAAUUUACUCACCCUCACACUUUUCCCUCCCCGCUCAUUUGGUUUCUAAUUGAUUUCGAGCGGAAAGAUGAACGCGAGGGGAAGUGACCGGUGGGGGAUACUGCAGUGACGGAUCUCUCAUCCCAGACCGAGUGGUCUUCCAAUGGGGACCCGAGCGGGGUCUGACUAGCGGACCAUGUAGAGCGCCACACACCACGGAGAUCCCCCUGCGUCAUCCCACCAGAGAGAUAGGUCGUUUGCGUGUUGUCCUGAAGCGUGUCAGAUAGCCGUCCGUCCGCCGCGGAGCAUUCCGGGGAAAGUUUAUUGUGGCGGUUCCACGGAAAGACGCACCGAGUGUGUUUUAACUCGGGUGGAUAUUCGGCAGCAUGUGGACCCCAACAGAGGAUGAGAAGAUCGGAGUUGUGAUCUGUGGCUUCCGCGGGUCGGGGUGUCACGGCUUGGCCCUUGAGGUGGGGGAGAGUGUCCACAUCCUGGAGAAGAGUGAAGGGUGGUACAGAGGAUUCUCCAUCAGGAGGCCAAACGUCAAGGGAGUUUUUCCAGCCAAUCAUGUUUAUCUGAAGAAGGCAGUUGUCACCAACAGAGGGCCCCAUGAGACGGUGACCCCCCUGGAAGACCCCAUCGUAACCGAGGUUACGUCCACGCUACAGGAGUGGGCGUUGCUAUGGAAACAGCUUUAUGUGAAACACAAGGUGGACCUGUUCUACAAGCUGCGUCAUGUAAUGUCAGAGGUGAUCGACCUGCGGCGACAGCUGCUGUCAGGUCACCUGACCCGCGACCAGAUGAGGGACGUCAAGAAACACAUCACUGUCCGCCUGGACUGGGGCAACGAACACCUGGGUCUGGACCUGGUCCCACGUAAGGACUUUGAGCUGGUGGAUGCAGACCAGAUCAGUGUGUCUGAUCUCUACAAGAUGCACCUCAGCAGCAGGAACAGUGUCCAGCAGAGCAGCACACAGGGGGACAGUUCCAGGCAGCGCCACCCUGAGCCCUGUAGAGUGCCUGUACAGCACCACCUGCUGGUCAACCUGAAGAGCUUCACCUACAACACCAUCGGAGAAGACACUGACCUGUUCUUUUCUCUGUAUGAUCUGCGAGAGGGAAACACCAUCAGUGAGAAGUUCAUGGUGAGGCUGAACAAGAAUGGAGCGCCCAAGAACCCUGAGAAAGUAGACCGCCUCUGUGCUCUCUUCACGGACCUGAGUAAUAAAGACAUGAAGAGAGAUCUCUACAUUGUCUGCCAGGUGAUCAGAACUGGUCGCAUGCUGCUCAACGACAGUAAGAAAGGCCCUCCUCACGUCCAGUACCGCCGGCCGUACGGCUGCGCUGUGCUGGCCAUGAGCGACGUUCUGCAGACCAUCUCCGAACUCAAGGAGGAGAAGGACUUUGUCCUCAAAGUGUACACCUGCAAUAACGAAAACGAGUGGUACCAGAUCCACGACAACAUCAUCCGCAAGUCCAGUACCAAGUACACCGCCCCAAGCACCAACUACGGUCUAGUGAUCUCCCUGCAGCUGUUGCGGGGGGACAUGGAGCAGCUCCGACGGGAGAACCCUCUGCUCUUCGGUCGGGGGGUCGCCCUCACCCGCAAGCUGGGCUUCCCCGACGUCAUCAUGCCUGGGGAUGUCCGCAACGACCUGUACCUGACUGUCGAGAGGGGAGACUUUGAGAGGGGAGGCAAGAGCGUCCAGAAGAACAUGGAGGUCACCGUGUAUGUCGUCUAUGCGGACGGGGAACCGCUCCAGGACUGUAUCAGCCUGGGUUCAGGGGAGCCCAACACGGCAGAGCACCGCUGCUUCGUCCUCUACCACAACAACAGCCCCCGCUGGAACGAGGCCCUCAAACUGCCCAUCCCCAUCGACCGCUUCAGGGGGUCCCACCUGCGCUUCGAGUUCAGACACUGCUCCACCAAGGACAAAGGGGAGAAGAAGUUGUUUGGUUUCUCCUUCACUCCGCUGAUGAGAGAAGACGGGACAACGCUCUCUGAUGACAGCCAUGAGCUCUAUGUGUACAAGUGUGAGGAGAACACCAUGUUCUGUAACCAUGCUCUGUACCUGGGCCUGGCCUGCUGUAAGGAGGACUCCUCCUCCGUCUCCCCCUCCGGCCUCCCCUUCCAGCGCAGCUCCAAGGAGACCCUCUGGAUAUCCACCCAGCUGUCCUCCACCAAGCUCACCCAGAAUGUGGACCUGCUGGCUCUGUUGAAGUGGAAGGGUCACCCUGAGAGAGUUCUGGACAUCCUCGCUCGGCUACGUCACGUCAGCGGGGAGGAUGUUGUCAAGUUCCUGCAGGACAUACUAGACACUCUGUUCUCCAUCCUGGACGACAACACAGACAAAUACGGCCCGCUCGUCUUCCAGUCACUGGUGUUCAUCAUCAACCUCCUCCGGGAUAGUAAGUUCUACCACUUCAGACCCGUCAUGGACACCUACAUCCAGAAGCACUUCGCUGGAGCCCUGGCCUACAAAGAGCUGAUUCGCUGUCUGAAGUGGUAUAUGGACCGAUCAUCAGAGCUUAUCAGACAGGACCCCAUUCAGGAGACCAUGAGGGCUCUAGAGUAUAUCUUUAAGUUCAUCGUCCAGUCACGGCUGCUGUACUCGCGGGCCACCUGCGGCCAGGAGGAGGAGGAGUUCCACUGCAGCGUCCACCAGCUGUUCACCUCGCUGCGCUUCGUCCUCAGCCUGGACGCCCGGCACACAGACACACUGCUGUUCUCUCAGGCGGCUCUCCUCAGCUCCUUCCCGGCUAUCUUCGAGGAGCUGCUGCAGGUGUUCUCGGUGCAGGAGGUGUGUGAGUUGGUGCGUGGGGCUCUGGGCUGCAUGCCCUCCACCCUGCACAUGGGACACUCCAUGGACGUGGUGAGGCUGCAGUCCAUCGCCCGCACUGUGGACAGCCCCCUCUUCGCCUACCCAGAGUCUCGCAGGAUUCUACUUCCUGUGGUAUUACAUCAUAUCCACCUUCACCUACGUCAGCAGAAGGAGCUUCUGAUCUGCUCUGGUAUCCUCAGCUCAAUCUUCUCCAUCAUCAAGACCAGCUCUCUGGAUUCAUCAGUACAGGAGGAGGUGGAGAUGAUGGUUGAAUCCCUAUUGGACGUAUUGCUCCAGACCCUGCUGUCAAUCAUGAGCAAGAGCCAAUCCCAGGAGGCGGUAAGGGGUCAUCGCUGUCCGCAGUGCACCGCUGAGAUCACUGGGGAGUAUGUGUCCUGCCUGCUGUCCCUACUUCGGCAGAUGAGUGACACCCACUUCCAGCACCUGCUGGACAGCUUCCAGAGUAAGGAGGAACUCAAGGAGUUUGUGUUGAAGAUUCUCUGCGUGUUCAGGAAUUUGAUGAAGCUCAGCAUCUUCCCCCGUGAUUGGAACGUGAUGAGACUGCUAACUAGCAAUAUCAUAGUUUCAACGGCUAGGUUUCUUUCUCCUGCCAUUCACAAGAACUUCAACGAAGCCGACUUUGACUUUAAGGUGUGGAGCUCCUACUUCGGUCUAGCUGUGUUGUACAUCAACCAGCCAAGCUUACAGCUGGAGAGCCUGAGCCCUGCCAAGCGGAAGAAGGUGUUGGACAAACAUGGAGACAUGAGGAUCCCCAUGGCCUAUGAGCUGCUCACCAUGUGGCAGAACCUUGGGGAGAACAAGGUGCACUUCAUCCCGGGUAUGAUCGGGCCGUUCCUGGGGGUGACCCUUGUCCCCCAGGCGGAGGUCCGCAACAUCAUGAUCCCCCUGUUCCACGACAUGAUGGACUGGGAGCAGCGCACCAAGGGCCACUUCAAACAGGUGGAGGCAGAGUUGAUUGAUAAACUGGACAGUUUGGUUUCCGAGGGGAAAGGAGAUGAAAACUACAGAGAACUGUUCAGUCUACUAACCCAGCUGUUUGGGCCCUACCCCAGUUUACUGGAGAAGGUAGAGCAGGAGACAUGGAGAGAGAGCGGCAUCUCCUUUGUUACCUCGGUAACCAGACUGAUGGAGCGUCUGCUGGACUACAGGGAUUGCAUGAAGGGAGAUGAGACUGAGAACAAGAAGAUUGGCUGCACUGUGAACCUGCUGAACUUCUAUAAGUCUGAGAUCAACAAGGAGGAGAUGUACAUCCGCUAUAUCCACAAGCUGUGUGACAUGUACCUGCAGGCAGACAACUACACCGAGGCAGCGUUCACCCUGCUGCUGUACUGGGAGCAGCUGUCCUGGGAGGAGGGUCCUCUCAGGGACUUCCUGCACUACCCUGCACAGACCCACUGGCACCGCAAGGAGGCGCUGUGUCGCAAGGUGCUGCACUACUUCAACAAGGCCAAGUGCUGGGAGUAUGGGAUUCCCCUGUGCAGAGAGCUGGCCUUCCAGUACGAGUCCUUAUACGACUACCAGAGUCUCAGCUGGAUCCGGAAGAUGGAGGCCGCCUACUAUGACAACAUCAUGGAGCAGCAGCGUCUGGAGCCGGAGUUCUUCAGGAUAGGGUUCUACGGCCGCAAGUUCCCCUUCUUCCUUAGAAACAAAGAGUUUGUCUGUCGCGGCCAUGACUACGAGAGGCUAGAGGCCUUCCAGCAAAGGAUGCUGGGAGAGUUCCCACAAGCAAUCGCAAUGCAGCACCCCAACCAACCAGACGAGGCCAUUCUGCAAUGUGAUGCCCAGUAUCUCCAGAUCUACGCGGUCACGCCGGUGCCGGAGAACCUCAGUGUGCUGCAGAUGGAAAGAGUACCCGACCGCAUCAAGAGCUUCUACCGGGUGAACAACGUGCGGCGGUUCCGCUACGACCGGCCAUUCCACAAGGGGCCCAAGGACAAGGACAAUGAGUUCAAGAGUCUCUGGAUAGAGAGGACUACCCUCAUCCUCACCCACCCCCUGCCUGGCAUCUCCCGCUGGUUUGAGGUUGAAAAGAGAGAGCUGGUGGAAGUGAGUCCCUUGCAGAACGCCCUGGAGGUGGUGGAGAGUAAGAACCAGGAGCUGAGGUCUCUGAUUGGUCAGUACCAGCUCCAGCAGCUCCAGAGCAACAUCAACCUACUCAGCAUGACCCUCAACGGAGUCAUCGACGCGGCGGUCAACGGCGGCAUCGCCAGAUACCAGGAGGCCUUCUUUGAUAAGGACUACAUCAGCAGCCAUCCUGAGGACACCGACAGGAUCACCCAACUCAAAGACCUGAUGCAGGACCAGGUUCACAUCCUGGGCCUCGGUCUUGCGGUGCACGAGAAAUUGGUGCACCCAGAAAUGCGUCCCCUGCAUAAGAAACUGAUAGAUCAGUUCCAGAUGAUGAGGAACAGUCUGUGUCUCGGGCUUCCGGGCUCGGAGCGGGUCGGCUCUGGGGUCAACGCUCGAGGCUUCCUGGCUACCCACAGCCCCAUGAGCCCGGAGGGGUUCAAACUCAUUCACCGACACAGUGACACUGGGACCGUUGGUAACGUUGUGAUCCUGGCUGAGGGGCUGGUGCUAGAGCACCCUGAUGACUUCUACCGCAUGCAGCCAAGCCCCUCGUCUUCCAGCCUAAGCUCCACCCACUCAGCCCCCUCUCAGAUGAUUCACUCCGCCCCUUCCACCAUCAGGGUGGGCUCCCCUUCUCUACCAGACCGGUUCAGACACAACAGAGAGCUGAUGAUGCUGCUGCCUCCGCACAGAGACCGUCCCUCCAGCGUGAUGAUCCCCAGCCACAGCGACCACGCGCAGCCGUCCAACCUCCAGAGGGCGCUGUUUCACCAGGUGAUCGGCCCGUGCAAGCCCUGCAGCGAUCCCAACCUGUCAGUAGCAGAGAAAGUCCUGACCACGCCCAGCAGCUGGAGUCUGGACAGUGGGACCCGGGAGACUCUCCCCUUCCUCUCCGGGCACCUGGGCCUGGCCCCCCCCGUGCCCCCCCGCAACCUGCCUCCUGGGCCCCACCUGUCGAUGCACUUUGAUGCUUUCAGCCAGCAGCUCAGCGACCUCCCGCCAGCCCUCCCCGCGCGCUCCUUAAGAAAGUCUCCCCUACACCCUAUACCUGCCUCUCCCACCAGUCCCCAGUCCCUCCUGGAUGGCAGUAGCUCCACCCUGUCUGGCAGCGCCAGCUCUGGGGUCUCCUCCCUCAGCGACGGUAACCCAGGCCCCCCCACCUCCAGCUGUGACCAAGAGGAGGCCCACUACCAGCCCGGCCCUGGAGCCCUCAUCCUGGGCCCACCUCUACCCCAGCCCCAGGCUUCAGUCCUGGCCUCUGAUCACCACCAGCACCACCACCACCAGCACCACCCUCAUCAUCAUCAUCAUCUUCCCCAGCCCAACUACAGCCUCCACCUCCCCCCUCUGUACCAGCCCCACCAGCCCCCCGCCCUCCCCCCGAAGCCCCCCCUCAGGGAGGAGGACGAGGAGGACGAGGAGCUUCCCAGGCCCAUGCCCCGCCGCAUCUCCCAGCCCCUGAUGGCCGUGACCAAGGAGGAACAGGCCAAGGCGGCCUGGCAGGCCGUCAGCGAGGAGUAGGGAGCUCAGGGGUCUGAGCCAAUGAGGUCCCAGAUGUCCGGUUAAGCCACACCCUCACAGGCCCCGCCCUCUUGUAAGCCCUCCCCCUUUAAAUGACCAGCAGUUGGUUUAGAGGUUUUCUAUACGACCAGGGACGGUGCAACGUUACAUCAUUCAUUCACCAUUCAACACCAUAGAAUGAAACGGUAGGAGUAAUUCACCAGAAUAAUACACUGAUAAUGGAUACCUGCAGUCUUCCAGAGCCGUGAAUAUCUUUAUUUACUGAAAUAUAUAUGUGGAUCCUAUCGUUUUGAAGGUGCUGCAAAGCACAAUGUUUCUGCUCGCCUCGAAUAGGACUACAUUCUAAAAGAUAGUUGGUGGAACAUAACACAUACAUGUGUUGGGUUUUAGGUGAAUUAAUCAUGAAUAAACAAACUUAAAACACGUGCAUCUCUUAUCACCAGGGCAACGCCAAAGACGUGAUUCCUGUAUGAAAGUUCAUUGAAUAAAUAAAUAUAUAUAUUUAUAAACCCAUUAAUUCAAACAUGUAUAUUAAAUGGAUCUAGUAUUUUAAACUACUUCUGGACAAAAGACCAAGUAAAUAAAUAUAGAACAAUAUUGUUUUUUUAAAUGACCACAGUAUUAUAAAAUAUAAAAAAUAUAUAUGAUCUAUUUCGUCUAUUAAGACCAGAGUAUCACCGUUAUGUAAUAAUAAUAAUAAUAAUAAUAAUCUUGUUUUAUGAAGCCUAAAGUAUUUCCAUGAUUUUAAAACUGAAUGUGAAUAUGAAACAAUAAUCUUGUUCUACCCCACAGUAUUAUAAUAAUUUAUUUUGUUUAGACUGGUUGAUGAGACGAAAAUGGCACACAUAUUUGAUAAGUGAUCCUUGAAUUUUACAAGUUAUAAAAUAGUUAGAAGGAGGGUUAACGGUUUGCAUUCCCCAUCUUUAGUUUACUAUAACCGCUCACGCCGCCACAUACACCCACAGUUAGCAUUAUACACACAUUCAAUAUGUGGUGCCACAACAUAUGGUUUCAUAUGUCAUGGUGUUCUUAAUUUCAUGGUUGCAGAUGUGAGAAGCUUGAAAGAUUUAUGCACGGUACUAAAAAACGGUUUUAUACAGGCUACAAAAUGCAGCCCCAGACAUUUCCACCUCGUAAGCGCUCUCUACGGAUGGGAUGUGACCUCUGACCUCGGUGAGUGUAGUCCUGUAUAGGAGGGACCCACAGGACCCCCAUCCAGACCUCAGAGAGCGUGGUUCAGCUGUAAGGACGUCCUGUCGCUAGCCAUCCCCUGGGUUGAUUGACAGGUUGAUUGACAGGUUGAUUGACUGUUCAUCAGGCAUACUUAUCAUUUCUUUAUUUCUGUGGAAACGGCUCCAGUUUGCAUCACACAGAGUUACCUCUUUCAUUACCUGGGCCAGUCUUCUAUCAGGAGACUCUCUACACUGUUUUAUAUAUUUGUUUUCUGGUCAUGAUUCACACUGUUGUUGUACACACUGUUAUAUAUUAUUAAUAACCAUUAACUUACGGCACAUAUUUAGCCAGAACCAGGGUACGAUAUUUAAUAACUAAUUUAUUAUCUCAGCUUGUCUGGCACCUGUCCGUCUGUCUGAACAGGGCAACGUGUUGCUCGUUGUUGUUGAUGUUUUAGGAGGCGUCUCAAGGCUCUAACUGAAGGCUACUUAAGGGUAGCUUAACACUCUGACCCCGCAGGUAGCUGACCUGACCUUUAACCCCUGAACCUCCAGACUGUAUCGGUUAAGAUCAAUUGAGGGGGCGUGGCUGUAGGCAUGGGGAGUUGUGUUGCACCAAUGAAAAGGGGCAGGACAGAGCUAGCCCCGCCCAGUUUGAACAGUGGUAGAAGCCAAUUUCCCGCGGCACCUUCUAUGCUCAUUGAUAUGUCACUUUAAGGUCAUUUAGUUCCUGCCCUCAAUGAGAUCACUUCACAGAGAAAUUGGACUGAUAACAUGUGAUUCAAAAUAUGGUGAUUAAAGUGUGUGAUUGAUAACAUGAUUUGAAGCUUUUGGAGAGGAAAGGAUGGCACAUUUUGUUACAUGUAACACAACAAAAUGUAACCUUUUAUAUAAAGUGUAACCUAUGCAAUGCCCAUGCAUUUGGACCACAGGUUUCUUACUAGUUCUUCAUGGAAUAGAAGAAUGUUUCACUUUGUUAUGCAAGGUAGUAAAACAGCCUACUGUACAAAUUAGCAGAGACGCAGCAGAAACAGUACGUUGUACAUUCGAUAGCAAUUCAUGAAAUGAUCUUUUAUAGUGUGUGAAAGACAGAAAAAGGUUUGUACUUGUUGUUUUAGUUUUCUAAUUUCUGCAUGAAGCUCCUUUUUCUACCUGUCUUUUCAGGGGUCGCAGGACAUGUGGCCUGAGUGUGUUUCUAAACGUUCUAUAUAAGAAGGACGAGCCAGAGUUGGUCGCCUUCAGGAACUGCCGCUGUCGUCUCUAUGUUGUAAGCCUGGCAACAGAUCACCAUGGCAACGAGAGGAGGGGUGUAGUCUGUACAUAGCGUCUACGGGCCUCGUUACUGCUGAUGUAAAAUCAUUUUUUAAAUUGGAACGUAAAAUACAUUUGACUAAUUCUUGUUAAUAUUGUAUGGAGUCCUAUGACUAUGUUUGGAUUUGGGAUUGGGUUUGGUGUAUUUCGCAUCAAUGACAGAUGGAAUGCGGCCAGUGGACUACUGUGUCCAGCCUGACUGUGGACCAGUAGAUGUAAAUAUCACCUUUUCCUACCGCUGUGCUGUAUGUUCAUUCAUAAUGACUUAAUAAAUACGAGCUAUACUGUA